UAUUGUAAUACAUUUGUUAGAAUUAAACUUACUAGCUGAUUUUUUAUAGGUUCCUGUUAAAGAAAUCAGUUAAUUUAAUUAAACCAUUUAAAUGUUGUAAUUCGUCGUAUCGUCGAGGGAACUAAAGUCCUCAAUUAUUCAAAUUUUGAUAUGGAUGCAGAGCCAACUACCAGUACCAAAAAGAACGAAAAGCAUAAUGCAAAUAAUCAACGUUUGAUAGCUGAAAGUGGCGGUCGUUGUAUGAGCACACAAGCGAUGCAAUCGCUCUAUGAUUUUCGACAGAAUAAUCUGCUUUGCGACGCAAUAUUGAGAUUGGAAGAUGGUGGUGUCUUUCCGAUUCACCGAGCUAUACUUUCAGCAUGCAGUACUUAUUUCAGGGCAUUAUUUACAACUACAUUGCACUCUCGUGAGAAAACCGAUGUUCUUCUGCCAGGCGUGACAAGUCCGAUGAUGAAUCUCCUGUUGGAAUAUGCAUAUUUACGUUCCAUUGAUGUAAAUCGUGAAAACGUAUGUGAAUUGCUGGCCACGGCGGAUUACUUAAGCAUUGUAGGUGUGCUUGAUCUGUGCUGUGAUUAUUUAAGAGAUAAUUUAGCGCCGGAAAAUUGCAUUGGAGUGAUGAGAUUCGCCCGUCAACAUUUCUGCAAGAAACUAGAAAAUGACGCUUACCGCUUUAUUGUCGGACACUUUGUCGAGGUAUCGCAGAGAAGCGAAGAAAUUUUACAUUUACCUAUCGAAGAACUGAAGCCAUUAGUUGGCGCUGAUGAACUAAAUGUUAAAAGCGAGCAGACAGUUUGGGAGUUGGUCCUGAAAUGGAUAAAUCACGAUCCGGAAUCUAGAAAAGACUACAUCGUCGACCUGAUGAAAAACAUCAGACUCGGUCUCUUAGACACGCAGUUUUUUUUGGAGAAUGUCAAGGAUCACCCUUAUGUCGUGGGCAAUGAUGCAUGCAGGCCGAUUAUCAUCGAAACUCUGAAAUUCUUGUACGAUUUAGAAAUGAUUACUCAGAAAGAUGGAGAAGUACCAACGCCGGAAAUCGCACGACCUCGAGUCCCGCAUGAGAUUCUGUUCGCUAUUGGUGGAUGGUCCGGUGGCUCUCCGACAAGUUAUAUCGAGACAUACGAUACAAGAGCAGAUCGAUGGAUUCCGAUCGAGGAAACAGAUCGGGCUGGUCCGCGAGCUUAUCAUGGACUUACGGUGAUUGGUUUCGAUAUUUACGUCAUUGGGGGAUUUGACGGAGUCGAUUAUUUCAACAGCUGCCGUUGUUUCAACGCGGUGACCAAGGUGUGGCGAGAGGUUGCUCCCAUGAACGUUAGAAGAUGUUAUGUUAGCGUGGCAGUUUUAAACGAUCUUAUUUACGCAAUGGGUGGAUUCGAUGGAUAUCAUCGUCAAAAAACGGCGGAAUGUUAUAAUUACAAGACAAAUCAAUGGUCUCUCAUUACAUCGAUGAACGUGCAGAGAUCUGACGCGAGUGCAACGACAUUAAACGAUAAAAUAUACAUUACGGGCGGUUUCGAUGGACAUGAUUGUCUGAAUACGGCCGAGGUAUAUGAUCCAAACACCAACCAGUGGACAAUGAUAACAGCAAUGAGGUCACGCAGGAGCGGUGUGUCGUGCAUAUCUUAUCAUGGCUGUGUUUAUGUUAUUGGGGGUUUCAAUGGAAUAUCGAGAAUGUGCAGUGGAGAAAAGUAUAAACCUUCUACGAACAGCUGGAGCCAUAUUCCCGAUAUGUAUAAUCCACGUAGCAACUUUGGCAUCGAAGUUAUUGACGACAUGAUCUUUGCUAUCGGCGGUUUUAAUGGCGUUACCACAACGUACCAGGUGGAAUGUUACGACGAGAAAACAAACGAGUGGUACGAGGCGACAGACACGAACAUAUGCAGAUCAGCACUGUCGGCCUGCGUGAUUAUGGGUCUUCCGAAUGUGUACGAUUAUAUUCACAAGCAUCGUGAGCUCUUGAUGGAAGAAAAGCGCCAGAAGUUACUGGCUCACGAAGUACGUCGAAGUCAACAGCAGCAGGAGCAGCAGCAGAUGAGGCAGACUUCGCAACUCGGUCAAAUCGUACCGACACCACCACCUCUACCAUACUAAUAACAAUUAGCAAAAGUGAUGAUGAUAAUAAUUGGCAACACUAAAACCAAAAACCAUUAUUAUGUAAACCAGCCGUGCUUGCUAAAAAACAAUCAGUGAAUUAUUAUUGAAGACAGGGAAUAGUCACUAAUUUACAGUUACAAGUAUACCACUGCGAUUUUCAGUGGUAUACUUGUAACAGCAAAUCAGUGACUGUUCACUGUUUUCAGUGAUAAUUUACUGAUUGACUUUUAGAGAGUGUAACAUUUGUUUCAUGUAAUUGAUUUGCAAUUUUAUAGCAAUUGUUACAGACGUAGUACAAGAUGAUAAUCAGAAAAAUGAGAGCCAACUGAUCAAUUGUCAGUGGCAAAGAGAUAGCUGUUUAUAUAUUUGCCAAUGAUUAUUUUUAUACUCACGAAGAGAAUAUUUUAUUAUAUUUAUUAUAUAAUUUUCAGACUACCCUUUACUCAUCUUUGUUAAAUCUUUUUUGAUACUGCAGAUAUUUCUAUCGAAACUUUUUGCGAUAUUUAUACAUGCUAUCUCAAAUGAUUAAAUUAACUUAAUUCUUUUUUCAUUUCCAAGAGUAAUGAUUAAAUAUUGAUUGAAUUAUUGCAACAAUAAUGCUGAGAAUGGCAGCGUAAAUUAAAAUAAUUACAUUGUACGCAUAUAAAAGUGCAAAUAAAACAAAUGACCAAAAAAUAAGGAAAAUAAAAACAGAAUUUUAUAAGAUAAUUUCGUGACAAACGUGAGAAAUCACUCGCACAAGAGACGUUUAUUUGGCGUUUCCGGAGUACGAAAUUGUAUAAGCGAUUGCGUGCAGCAAUGCCAUUCGUAACAGAAAAUAAAAUUGCAACAAUCUGU